ACACAAUAUACGGUGGUCGUCUCUCUCUUUUGCUCAUAAAAGGAAAAAAGGAAAAGUGGGGAAGAUAGAAGAAGAAGAGAACCAAGCAACGUUUCUUCCCCGAUUCCUUUGUCUGGGUUAUCUCCUCCCGAUUGCAAAAUUGAGAUCUUUCUCCAACAGUAGUAAGAAUCUGUGUGUAAGGAAGUGUGUUUGUGUUUCUUAUGACGGGGAAGAGAUCGAAGAUAACUUGCAGAUCUGCUUCUCACAAGCUGUUCAAGGAUAAGGCCAAGAACCGUGUUGAUGAUUUGCAAGGGAUGCUUUUGGAUCUUCAGUUUGCGAGGAAAGAGAGCAGAGGCGUUGAUGUCACUCUUCUCGAGGAGCAGGUGAACCAGAUGCUCCGUGAAUGGAAGUCUGAGCUCAACGAGCCUUCUCCAGCUUCUUCCUUGCAACAAGAACAGGGUGGUGGUGGUACUCUGGGGUCUUUCUCAACAGACAUUUGUCGGCUGCUUCAGCUCUGUGAUGAGGAAGAUGAUGCAACCAGCAAACUAGCUCCACCCAAGCCUGAGCCUGCUGAUCAGAAUCUCGAAGCUGGAAAAGCUACUGUCUUCCCAAGGGGAUACAAUUUGGUCCAGGAGAAGCCAGAGCAUGAGUUUCCAUUAGCUGGCCAGUGCAAAGAUCCUUCCUUAGCAGUUGGCAACAACUUCGAUCUGGAUUACAAUCAGUACGAUCUUCAACAAGAGUUUGAACCAAACUUCAACGGUGGCGGUGGUUUCAAUGAUUGUCCCACUUACGGUCCUUUACACAUCUCUGCUUUCAUCCCAACGAUCUGCCCCCCACCAUCUGCCUUCUUGGGUCCAAAAUGUGCUCUUUGGGACUGCCCUAGGCCUGCUCAAGGAUUCGACUGGUUCCAGGAUUACUGCAGCAGCUUCCACGCCGCCCUUGCUUUCAACGAAGGCCCACCGGGGAUGAAUCCCGUUGUGCGUCCUGGUGGCAUUGGGCUUAAAGACGGUCUGCUUUUUGCAGCUCUGAGUGCAAAAGCUGGAGGGAAAGAUGUCGGUAUCCCCGAGUGUGAAGGAGCUGCAACUGCUAAGUCCCCAUGGAAUGCUCCUGAGCUCUUUGAUCUCACGGUUCUAGAGAGCGAGACACUAAGGGAGUGGCUGUUCUUCGACAAGCCGAGGAGGGCGUUUGAGAGCGGGAACAGAAAGCAGAGAUCCUUACCGGACUACAACGGACGCGGGUGGCACGAGUCGCGCAAGCAGAUCAUGAGCGAGUUCGGAGGGCUGAAGAGGUCUUACUACAUGGAUCCGCAGCCUCUGCACCAUUUCGAGUGGCAUCUCUACGAGUACGAGAUCAACAAGUGCGACGCUUGCGCCUUGUACAGGCUCGAGCUCAAGCUCGUUGUCGAUGGGAAGAAGAACUCGAAGGGGAAAGUGUCGACGGACUCGGUGGCUGAUCUGCAGAAACAGAUGGGGAGACUAACUGCUGAGUUCCCUCAAGAAAAUGUCAACAACAAACGAUGCAUCAAAGGAAGGCCUAAAGUGAACACAAAGGUGGCAGCAGCCACCAACACUGGGAAUGUUGAGAACACAGUAGUAGAGCAGGGGAAUGAGUAUGGAGUAGGUGAAGAGUUUAACUAUCUUGUCGGAAAUCUAACCGACUAUUAUCUUCCCUGAGAAGAAACAAACAAAACACUGUUGCUUACUAUUUAAACCAGGCAGCAGAAGAAGAAGAAGCUUCUACAUCUUGUAGGGCAAGUAAUGGGUUUUUCUUUUCUUUUUUUUUUCUUUAUAUAACUAUAAUCAUCUACUAUGUGUAUAUAACAAGAAAGGGGGUGCAGAAGAGACUGUCAUGGAGUUUGAGAGAGCUUGUUUCUUUCUAACCACAAGUAAAGUUGAGAAAGGAGACUGCUUUUUUAUUUUAAUUAAAGAUUCAGUCUAUGGAUGGUGACAUUCCGGUUUAUAUGUAUUUUGAUGCAUUUUCAAAUGCAGAUGACAAGUUAUGUAACCGUUUUGGUUAUCGUUUUA